AGUGUGAUUGUACAGUGAGUGGAGACCGGAGUUGGAAUCGGUAACAUUGUUGUAGAAUGUCAUCGAAUGACAAUGAUACAGUUUCUCUCACUAGUGAUCUUCUUCCCUCUCUUCAUAAAGAUGUGUUCACAUCAAAGCUUUCCUGGGAAGCUGAUAUAAUUGCAGGAAUUUACUUAAUAAUCACAGGAUUCGUAUCAAUAUUUGGAAAUGGAUAUGUGAUCUAUUUGCCAAUCAAACAGAAGGAAAAACUGAAACCUGCGGAACUGAUGACAGUUAACCUAGCAAUUUGUGAUUUUGGGAUGGCGGUUGGAGGUAAACCUUUCCUGAUCAGUUCUUGUUUUGCUCAUCGAUGGAUCUUUGGUUGGAUUGGCUGCCGCUGGCAUGGAUGGUCAGGGUUUUUCUUUGGAUGUGGUAGUUUAAUUACAAUAACAAUUGUGAGUCUGGACAGGUAUCUCAAAAUUUGCUAUUUACAAUAUGGUAUUUGGCUUCAAAGGUGGCAUGUCUUCAUAUGUUUGGGUUUUGUCUGGCUUUAUGCUGCAUUCUGGGCCACCAUUCCCCUCGUUGGCUGGGGAGACUAUGCUCCUGAACCUUUUGGUACAUCCUGCACUCUGAACUGGUGGCUUGCACAAGUCUCCGUAGAUGGGCAGGCCUUCAUUCUGAGCAUACUAUUUUUUUGCCUUGUGCUGCCAACAGCGAUAAUACUGUUUUCCUACGUAAAAAUCAUAGCCAAAGUAAAAUCGUCUGCCAGAGAGGUUGCACACUUUGAUUCAAGAACUCGAAGUAAACAUUUACUGGAAAUGAAACUUACAAAGGUGGCGAUGUUAAUAUGUGCAGGAUUUCUAAUCGCUUGGAUUCCAUAUGCCGUUGUUUCAGUGUGGUCAGCCUUUGGUACUCCUGAUUCAGUGCCAGUUAAAGUUUCUUUCAUACCAACUAUGUUUGCAAAGUCAGCAGCAAUGUACAAUCCUAUAAUUUAUCAGUUGCUUGACUGCCGAUGUGGGUUAGCAAAGCUUUCUGGCUGCUUCAAAUCCUCAUAUUCAAAACCAUCACGUCAGAAAUCUCGGAUGUCCUGUACCUGCUCAGAGACAUCCAGGGUGCUGGCACCAGGGAGGCAACACACCAUUCUAGAGUCUUGUUCAUGGCAACAGAAACCCCUGCCUGUGUCCCCUACUACUAUCGCUCACCUGGACUUGAAGAUAAGGAAAAACUCAUCUGGUUCAUGGAUGCCCUUGAGGGAAGGAAACCGUCGUCUUUACCUGGUCUGGCCUACAUAUGACUCUGGACCCACAGAAAUGUGGUUGACCCUGAAUUGCUUCUGGCCAAUUAGGGAUGGGCAAUAAAAUGCUGGCCUAGCCAAUGAUGUCCACAUCCCAUGAAUGAAUGAAAUAAAACCUCUGUCAAGAAUUCCACAAGUCAAUAAUUUAUGUCGUUAUGGAUGGACCAAAUGCUGCAAUGUUUAUGUCGCACUGCUGGCUUCCCAAGAAUACAUGGAUUCACUGAAUGCA